AAUAAUUUAAAGAAUUCUUCUCACGAAACUGCUAUUAUAUUACGGUUAUUUAUUCCGCGCGUGUGUUAAUUAUUUUUUAGUAUUCUUGCAAAUGCUGAAACUUCACGCGCGUUAAGAUGAAGUUGGUGUUAUUAGCCAUCUUCUCCAUAAUUCUGCUUGUUGAUUGUGCGCCUCAACAAGGCUACAGUGAGGAAAAUGAAAAGGACUUGUACCCUGAGGGUAAUCAGAACCAUGGUUCCAUCGAAGACGGCGAAGAAUAUGAUAAAGGAGACAUCAUAGACUACAAUAAAGACAAUAACAAUCGCGAUAACCGACGUGACAGGAACCAAAAUAAACAAAAUAGAGACUAUGGCCGCGAUUACCAGAGAGGUGAUAGAAAUGAAUACAGAAAUAAUGAGAGAAACGGCUAUGAAUAUAGAAACCAAAAUGAUGAUCGGUAUCGUGAGAGAGAUGAAGACAAAGAAUAUAAUUACGGAAACCGUAGGAAUAACAGGGGAAGAGAACGCAAUCAAAAUAGAGGUUACGAAAAUGAUGAAAACAAUCGAAAUCGCUAUAGGAAUAAUAAUGAAAGAGAGAAUUAUGAUGAAAGAGAGUACAGUUAUGGUCAACGAGGAUAUGAAAGGAAUAAUCAAGACGGGAAUAACGAAAGGCAAUAUCAAUAUGAAAGAAAUCGAGGGAACAAUUAUAGAAAUAGGGAAAAUAACAAUGAUGAAGAUGGCUACCGUCGCGGAUAUAAUUAUGGCGAUGAAAAUAAUGGAAGACAUCGUAACCAGAAUAGAAAUCGAAACAAUAAUAAUGACAGAAAUAAUAAUUAUAAUUAUGGUGAGAAAGGUGACGAAGAUAAGGAGGAAUAUGUGAGCUCUUACAAUAAGAAUAACAGAAACGAAGGAAAACAAAAUGAUAACGGACGUGACCAAUAUCGAAAUCGAAACAAUCAGAAUGGAGAAAACAGUAGAAAUAGAAACAAUAACCGCAGAGGAAAUUACGAAACUAAAGAAAUAGAAAUUGAAAAAAGUAUCGAAAUUGAAAAAGUUAUAACAAAACCAAAAGAUCAACAAGAUGGACAAAAUCAAUAUAAUCAAGGUCAAGAUAAGAACAAUUUUUUAGGAAGCGUUGGGAUCCUGAGCUUCAUAAGUGAUAUUGGUCAAGAAAUUAAAGGCCAACUGAUUGGUGGAAACCAGGGCUACAAUUAUGAUCAAGGCUCCAAGUACGAUCAAAAUAAAGGUGAAGUUGGAGAAAAUGAAGGCCAAGGCAAAGGUAUAAGAUUUCAACAAGAAAAAGAAAUCGACAUAUUCUCUUCACUAGGUAAAGGAAACAAUGGUCAAAAAAAUGUUGGAGUUAAGGUUGAUGAUAAAAUCAGUAUAAGUAAGGAACAGAAAAAUUACCAAGAUAACUCUAAUAAUAAAUAUCAAGGUUAUCAGGAUCAACAGAAUAAAGAAUAUCCAGAUCAGGGAUAUGGAUACGAACAAGGUGAUGGUGGGAACAUAUACGGACAAACUGAUGGUCAAGAAAAAGAUUUUCGGUUUCAGGAAAACGACGAGAUAGAUUUAUAUUCUAAUACUGGAAACCAAGGAUAUUGGAAUGAGCAAGGAGAUAACCAGAGAAAUAAUGUUAAUUACGGCGGUCAACAAACAGGGGGGAACCGUGGUUAUCAAGAUCAAGGUUCUGGAACUGGACAAGGGGGUAAAGAUAAAGGUAUCCGUUUUCAGGAGGAAAAAGAAAUAGACAUAUUUUCCAAUUUCGGUGGUGUAGGCAAAGGUAUAAGAUUUGAGGAAGAAAAAGAAAUAGACGUUUAUUCAUCGAAAGGUCAGAAUAAUAACAAUCAAAACCAACGUUAUAAUAACAAUGGAAAUCAAGAAUAUUGGAGACAACAAGGAGACGCUAAUCAGGGACAAGGAUACAGAGAUUUCCAAAAUGAGAGCAACAGAGGUCGACAGUUUGAGGGAAAUCAGGGAGGGCAAGGAAAAGGUUUUAGGUUAGAGGUUGAAAAAGAAAUAGACAUCUUCUCAUCGAAAGGUCAGUCUAGUAACGGUCAAAACGGUCAAGGAUACAACACCAAUGGAAAUCAAGAAAAUUGGAGACAACAGGAAAGAGGUAAUCAGGGACAGGGAUACAGGGAUUAUCAAAACGACAGCAAUCGCGGCCAGCAAUAUGGAGGCAACCAGAGAGGGCAAGAGAAAGGCUUUAGAUUCGAGGUAGAAAAAGAAAUAGACAUUUUCUCAUCGAAAGGUCAGACUAAUAACGGUCAAAGCCAAGGUUACAAUAAUAAUGGAAAUCAAGAAAAUUUCAGACAACAGGGAAGAGGUAAUCAAGAACAAGGAUAUAGAGAUUAUCAAAAUGACAACAAUAGAGGCCAGCAAUAUGGAGCAAACCGGGGACAAGGUAAUCAAGGCCAAGGAGGUCGCCAGAGUGAAAGGAACAAGGAAACAGGCCUGAAUAUUGAAAAAGAAAUUAACAUUUUCGGACAAUCGAAUGGUAAAGAGAAAGGUAUACGUUUUGAAGAAGAAAAAGAAAUUGAUGUAUUUUCUAAUUCUGGAGGCCAAGGCAAAGGUUUAAGAUUUGAGGAAGAAAAAGAAAUAGAAAUAUUUUCAUCAAAAGGGCAAGGUAGAAACAACCAAAGUAACGGUAAUAACAACAAUGGGAAUCAAGAAAAUUGGAGACAACAGGGAAGAGAGAAUCAGGGACAAGGCUACAGGGAUUAUCAUAACGACAGCAAUCGAGGCCAAAAAUAUGAAGGCAACCAGAGAGAGCAAGAAAAAGGCUUUAGAUUCGAAAUAGAAAAAGAAAUAGACAUAUUUUCAUCGAAGGGUCAGACUAGUAACGGUCAAAAUCAAGGUAACAGCAACAAUCGAAAUCAAGAAUAUUGGAGACAACAAGGAAGAGGCAACCAAGGUCAAGGUUACCAACAAAAUGAGGGCAACCAAGGGCGGGGGACCGGUCAACGAGGCGGGAACAUCAAGGAAAAGAGCUUGAAUAUUGAAAAAGAAAUAAGUAUAUCCGGUCAGUCUAAUGGUAAGGAGAAGGGUAUCCGUUUUCAAGAGGAGAAUGAAUUAGACAUAUUUUCAAAUUCUGGAGAUCAAGGCAAAGGAUUGCGUUUCGAUAAAGAAAAAGAAAUAGACAUCUUUAGUUCUAAAAACCAAGGCAGCAAAGGUAAAAACAUCGGAGGCAUAACUAUUAUUGAUGACUUUAGCAUAACCAAAGAACAAAGAGGCCAAGGUAAUCAAGGAAGUAAUACUGGCAAAAGUUACGGUAAUAAUGAUAACCGAAGGGAACAGGGUAAUCAAAAUCAACAAGGCCGCGGUAAUCAGGGUCAACGAUAUGGAGGUCAACAAGGCGGAAGUGGCAAUCAAAAUAGUCAAAAUGGUCAGGCUAAUGGUGUAAACAAGGGUAUUCGUUUCCAGGAAGAAAAAGAAAUAGACAUCUUUUCAUCUCAAGGUCGAGGCGGCAAUGAUAAAAAAACCGGUGGCAUAAAGAUUUCAGAAGAAUUAAACAUCAGAAAAGAACAAACAGAAGGUCGAGGUUAUAAUGGCAACGGGAUGAAUGAAGGAAGAGGAAACCAGGGUCAGAAUAGUCAACGUGGAAGGGGUUAUAAUAAUAAUAAUAACGGCAAUGAAUAUUAUAAUGGUUAUCAAGGACAAGGAUCGUACUAUGGCCAAAAUAAUAAUAACCGUGGCUCGAAAGCGAAUGAAGGUUGGAGCUACCAAGAAUUUUAUUUAAACGGACCAAACAACCAAGGCAACAAGAACUCGAAUUAUGCAGGCUCUAAUUAUGCCUCCAAAGGAUAUGGGAAUGGUUACGGAUAUCAUUCAUAUAAUUCCCGACCUUACGAUGCAGGGUACGGUGUCUACGGAUCUUCAAUCUACCCUGGAAUUGGUAAUUCCGAAAUAAAAUUAGAAAACCUAAUAAAACCGCUGACACAAGAGAUAUUGGGUACAUCAGGAAAUAUAGAAGAUUUGUAUUAUCAAAACAAUACUCUAAGUAUAUUGGAAAAUCAAAACAUAGGAUACAAUCUUUACCCUGAAAGUAGUUAUAAAUACUACCCAGAUAAAUAUAAUAAUUAUAAUUACAACAACUAUUAUGUUUAAAAAGAUCUAUAUUUGAUUACAAGGAUUAUAGCGACAAGUACAAGACCUUAUUUUACCUUGACACUGACUUGCUCGAACAAAACUCUCAAUAAAUAUAUCUUCGUUGGUCCGCUGACUCGAGAAUCUGUGAAGUCAGUUGGACAACAUCCAUCAAUAUUGUACUAUUGAGUACAUUGGAAUUGAAAAUAAAUCAAUUUUAACGAA